AUGAUAAGAGCAGCGGAGGCAUGUGCCUGUCCUAUACAAGAGAUCGGCCCGGCUAUGGCUGGGAGUUGUCCGGGGCAGUUCUUACUCUUCAUGAGUAUCCUGGAAUCGUUUUUGAAUGGCCGCUGCGACCUCGCUGACCCGUGUAAAAGAGUGGUUGACACUCAAGAACCUGAUAAUAGCUACGACUUCGUUGUAGUCGGUGGAGGUACCUCCGGCGCCGUGGUUGCUGCGAGACUAUCAGAAAACCCACAGUGGAAGGUCUUGCUACUAGAAGCGGGUGGUGAUGAGCCAACUCCGUCCGCUGUUCCAGCCUUCGUCACAGCCUAUUGGGGUCGACAAGACACAGAUUGGUUGUACAACACAGUACCACAAAAGAAAGCAUGUCUUAGUAAAGGCGGUGUUUGUAGCUGGCCGAGAGGCAAAAUCCUAGGUGGCUGUUCUGUUAUCAACGGCAUGAUGUACAUGAGAGGUAAUCCCUCGGACUAUGAUAGCUGGGCAGUCAAUGGCGCCGAAGGUUGGUCUUGGUUCGAAGUACUUCCAUACUUCUUGAGAAGCGAAGACAACAAGGAGAUAGGUGUUAGAGUAUCGAGUCAACAUCACACAGUAGGAGGGCCUAUACCUGUGCAAAGAUUCCGAUACACGCCGAGGUUUGCUCAUGACGUAGUAUCUGCUGGUAUUGAACUGGGCUAUCCUCCUACUAGCGACUUGAAUGGAGACACCAACACUGGAUUCACGAUCGCACAAGCUAUGAAUGACGAAGGUUCAAGGUACAGUACUGCUCGAGCUUUCCUCCGUCCAGCUUCUCAACGCAAAAAUCUGCAUGUCACUCUUAAUGCUCUAGUCUCAAGGGUCAUUAUAGACCCCACGACCAAACGGGUCACUGGAGUAGAAUAUAUUAAGAAUGGGAAGACGAAGUCCGUGGGAGUUCUUAAGGAGGCGAUCCUAUCAGGAGGGUCAUUGAACUCUCCGCAGAUUCUAAUGCUCUCUGGAGUAGGCCCUAAGGAGACUUUAGAGAAGUUUAAUAUCCCAGUCAUGAAAGAUCUUCCGGGAGUUGGACAGAAUCUUCAUAACCAUGUUGGAAUGACCCUCCAGUUCACACUCAAUAAAGAACCUGAGGUACCAGAGUUAAACUGGUCGAGUGCUACAGAAUAUUUGCUGAACAGACAAGGACCAUUGUCCGCUACUGGAAUGUCGCAGCUGACUGGCAAAGUUAACUCUCGUUACGCGUCUUCUGGAGGUCGUAAUCCCGAUGUUCAAUACUUCUUCGCUGGUUACUACGCGGCCUGCGGCGACGGCAACCUCGGAGAUGAAGCUUUGAAAAGUAAUAAGAGGAGAUCUGUUAGUAUAUCAGUUGUGGCGUUACAACCACGUAGUCGAGGUUAUUUGACACUACAGUCUACGGACCCCACACAACCGCCACUUAUGGAACCCAACUACUUCUACGAUGAUUAUGAAUUGAAAGUACUGAUUGAUGGUGCGAGAAUCGCAUAUCGGCUUGCUAACACCACGAUUUUACGUGAAAAAUAUGGUAUGACACCAACAAAUGGCUAUGGCAGUGAAUGUCCCGGAGGCGGGUUGAACCCAACAGAUGAAUACUUCAAAUGUUUAGCAAUGUUGCACACAGCACCCGAAAAUCAUCAAGUGGGCACUUGCAAGAUGGGCUCCCAUAAAGAUCCGAUGGCUGUUGUUGAUCCACAACUUCGAGUUUUUGGGAUUGAAGGUCUUAGAGUAGUGGAUUCAUCUAUAAUGCCUCAAGUGCCAUCUGGGAACACAGCAGCACCAGCGGUGAUGAUUGGUGAGAGAGGAGCCCAGUUCAUCAUUACACGACACCAACUCAAAAGCAGAUUCGGUUCAACAUAUGACGAUGCUCAGAACCACCAUUCAGGUGGCGUCAACGAAGACAAAAAACAAGAUGGUCGAUGGAAAGGAUGGAAACAGUGGCAAAAUCACGGCUACUACCCACAUGAAGACUGGCACAUGAAGAAUAACGUCCAUCACCGUUAA